GAGCUGGGAGGCGCGGUCUGCGGGAAAUCCCUGGAGGGGAGCGUGGGUCCCGGUGCCUGCCUGCCGGGCUGCCCGCCGCGGCCUGGGGGGUCCGCCAGGCCCCGGAAGGUGCUUUCUGGGCUCCUCCCCAGACCUCGGAGGAGCUGCAGCCAAAAGCCCAGCUGCUGGAGGUUGGGGGGCAGAGCUCCGCGGUGAAGCAAGGCACAGAGGACCGGGGAUCCGCGGGGACAGCUUCCUGCCGCUGCCACGCUCUGCCCGCCCCUCGCCUGGCGGGGGCAUCGCCUCCCCGGGGCCGGAGGCUGAGCAGGAGGGGUCAGUCGGCACUGGGGGGCCAGGGAAUCCAUUCAGUCGCUCAGGACCUGCACUGAGAAAAGCAGAACAGAAGAGACCCGACGAGAGGGCACCGCAGACGGUAGGAAGCUCACCUGCCGCCGAGGAGGGGCAGCCCUGUGAACGCCAUGGCGACGGAGAGGCCCGCUUCCUGAGCCGGGCGUGGUGAGGCGCCUGCGGGCCCGAAGAAGAUGGGGAACGUCACCGCGGACGCCUCCCGCCCCAACUGCACCAUCGAGCACACCAUCCACCAGACGCUGGCCCCCGUGGUGUACGUCACCGUGCUGGUGGUGGGCUUCCCGGCCAACUGCCUGUCCCUGUACUUCGGCUACCUGCAGAUCCGGGCGCGGAACGAGCUGGGCGUGUACCUGUGCAACCUGACGGUGGCCGACCUCUUCUACAUCUGCUCGCUGCCCUUCUGGCUGCAGUACGUGCUGCAGCACGACAACUGGUCCUACGGCGACCUGUCCUGCCAGGUGUGCGGCAUCCUGCUCUACGAGAACAUCUACAUCAGCGUGGGCUUCCUCUGCUGCAUCUCCAUCGACCGCUACCUGGCCGUGGCCCACCCCUUCCGCUUCCACCAGUUCCGCACCCUCAAGGCGGCCGUGGUCGUCAGCGUGCUCAUCUGGGCCAAGGAGCUGCUGGCCAGCGUCUACUUCCUCCUGCACACCGAGCUGGUGGAGGACGCCGACCGGCACCGCGUCUGCUUCGAGCACUACCCGCUGCAGCCCUGGCAGCGCCACAUCAACUACUACCGCUUCCUGGUGGGCUUCCUGUUCCCGCUCUGCCUGCUGCUGGCCGCCUACCGGGGCAUCCUGCGCGCCGUGCGCCGCAGCCACGGCACCCAGCAGAGCCGCAAGGACCAGAUCCAGCGGCUGGUGCUCAGCACCGUGGUCAUCUUCCUGGCCUGCUUCCUGCCCUACCACGUGCUGCUGCUCGUGCGCAGCGUCUGGGAGUCCAGCUGCCUCUUCGCCCAGCGCGUCUUCAACGCCUACCACUUCGCCCUGCUGCUCACCACCUUCAACUGCGUGGCCGACCCCGUGCUCUACUGCUUCGUCAGCGAGACCACCCACCGCGACAUGGCCCGCCUGCGCGCCGCCUGCCGCGCCAUCCUCGCCUGCGCCAGGACCGGCGGGCCCCGCGAGGCCUACCCGCUGGGCACCCCCGAGGCCUCCGGGGCCAAGAGCGAGGAGCCCGAGCUGCUCCGCAAGCUCCAGGCGACCUUCCCGGCCCCGCACGCGCCUAACGGGGAAGGGGCGCCCCCCGCCGCUGCCGCCGUGGGGCUGGCCUAGCCGGUGUCGGCCAUGUGUGGGGUGAAGUGAGGUCUGAGCUUGCUGGCCGGCUGCUGGCAGCAGGUGCCUCUUCCUGCCGGACGAGGGGCUGGGCAGCCAGGCCUCUCGUUCCCGGAGGCAUGCAGCUAGCUGAGCCCCCGCUGGGGUGAGCCCGUCAGUCCCGUCUUCUGCUGCAGGCGGGGCUGCUGGCGGGAGGAAGACGGUGAACUGGCAUCUGCAGGAGGUUUUCAAAGAGAGGCCGGGGUGGGGAGUGAAGGGUGAGAGGACAUGCAUGGAGGGGGGCGUAGGGAGAGGAGGAGGGGACUGGGUGUGCAUAGAGGACACCUGUCCAAACGUAUUGAUGUCAUCCCAGGAGGUGACCAAAGCUGUACUGUCAUCAGGAUCACUGAGCCCCCCCCACAAGGGGAUUGGAAGGUAGGUGGGGGGGGGCAGGAGGUUGGAGGGGAGAGGGAAUUCGGGGAAUGGGUACUGGUAGUGCGCAUGGGGGCAGGGCGGGGAGUGGCAUGCAGAGCGGAGACCCCAGCACACCAUGGUGCAGGGAGAGCCAAGCAGAUGCCCCAAGCUCAGGGCUGAUGGGGUCUCACAGGUCUUGGGGCUCCCAGGCUGAUGUCUGUGGUCCUUAAACAGUCAGCGCUGAAGCACAAGUGUCAGGACAGAGGCCUGAAGCCCCAGCGUGUAAUCACGUUCCCCACACGGUUCCUCCGCUUCAGUGUUUCCAUCGGCCCAGGAGCACCAGCCCUGGGAGAGAGAGCAUGUGUGUGUGUGUAUGUGUGUCCAUGUGUCCACGUGUCCAUGUUUAAAACGCCAGGGUCUCCAUGACAGCUUUGUGCCAAGACCCUGAGGCUAGGGUCACGUGACUAUUGGCAGUGUCCCCCACGCCCACCACGGCCUCUGCCUCUGUCCCUUGCCGUACCCACCAUGGAAUGUCUAACAGUCUAACAGUCUGAGCAUGACAUUCUCCUGAGUUCUCAGAUGCAACAAAACAGAACAGAUGCAUUCCCCGGCAUCUCUCAGUCUCUGUAACGGGGAGAGGAGGUGGCCCUAGGCUGCCCUCGCCGCCUCUGUUCUCCUGCACGGCUCCGCCAGAUCCCCACCUCAGCCCCCUGGAGCGUGAGAAUGGGCCCGCGGGCCACAUGCAGCCCAGGGUGCUGCCCGCCACCCUGUCCUGUCCUGUCCUGGAAGGCUCGGCUCCCCUGCAGCUCUGCCGAGCAUGCUGAGCCCCUGCCCUGGCAGUCACACUGAGGGCCAGGAGAGCUUCCUACGGCUCCAGGGACCUGCCCACGUGAACAGGUGUGCCAGCCCUUCAGAUGGCCUGGCUGAUGGCGGGGGCCAGCUCUCACGUCCCUGGGAUGUGAGUUCCUCACCAAGGGGACAGGUGGGCUCAAGUCCUGGAAGGGAUUCGGGGUGAGGAGAUGGAAGCUGGUGCCCGUAGAACAGUUGUGGCAUCUGCUAAAGACAGGGUCAGGAAAAGCAUCUUUGAACUUUCUCUCCCUCACCUCCAUCACCUCCCCGCAUCAGGCAUGCCAAAGGCAGAUAGCCCGAGCGGGAUUGCCCUAGGGAAGUGGGGUCCGGGGCUACACUUGGCUCUGACUGGGCAGCACCGGCCCCAGCUCCAGCUCCUUACGGAGGGUCUCCCAUCACCUGAAGAGGUUCUCUCCCUUCCUGAAGGUGUGAAGGUGGCAGAAAUGGCCACACAACCAAGAAAAGCCCGCCCGCCUGCCCCAGCCCAGCAUCCUCCUGGGGCAAUGGCACCGGCUGAGUCCUCUAUGCCUCCUCAUUCCCUAUUCUUCCCUGUUUUGACCUUAAACACCAGUGCUCCCACCAGUAAUGGACUGGGGAGAGCCGAGGGCGAUUCUGUUUACUAUCCAGAGUUGUAUUUUCGUAGCGUCCUCUCUUAUGUCGAGUAUGUGUGUGUUGGGUUGCGCAGUGGAUUUAUGUAGCAAAUGUGAGUUUGCCAAUAAAACAGAAUAACCAGCCCCA